AUGUUAAGUGAAUGUCGAGCUUAUUAUUCAAAUGAUCCUGUUCAAUUAGCUCGAAUCAAUGAAUUUGAACGCAAAUAUGAAUCAAAAGACGCCAUUCGUUGGUAUACGAAACCUGGAUUCUUAUUUUAUCUCGUUAAUAAAGCUUUACGUAGUCAAAAUAUUUGGGCUCUGUAUAAAUUUCGUUAUUUUAUUAUUGAUUUAUGCUAUCGUUUGGAAGAAGUUUCCAAUUCACAGUCGUUUUCAUCGAUUCGUCUUUAUCGUGGAGCAAAACUUAAUCGAGAUGAACUUGAACAAUUGCAAGUUGGUCGUCUUGUAUCAACUAAUGGAUUUCUUUCAUGUUCAUCUGAUCGUUAUAUAGCAGAAAUGUUUAUUGGUAUUGAUCACAUGACUGAUAGAUCGUCAAGUCACAAUCGAGAUGCAUGGCAACAGUUCGUAUUAUUUAUCAUCGAUGUCGAUCGUAGAACAUCUACAAAUACAGUUGUAGCAGAUAUCAGUCACCAAAGCGAUAUACCAGAUGAAAACGAAAUGAUUUUUAACUUUGGAUCGACCUUCAUUAUCAAUGAAAUAUGUUUUGAUAAGGAUAAAUGUAUAUGGUUGAUUCAAAUGAGUUCGUCUUCGGACAAUGUUCGAAUCCAUGAUGAACACGAGAACUAUACUCUUAAACGUCUCCAACAAAUCGAUCCAACUAUCAUGUUCGGUCAUGCUUUAGCUGACACCGAUAGUGAUUUUGGUCAAUCAAUGAGCUAUUUCUAUCGUUUACUAAGAACAUUACCCAUCGAUCAUGUGGAACGACUCAAUAUUUAUUAUUAUUUAGGACGCAUUUAUCGAUUUAUUGAGAAAUUCGAGGAAUCUCUCAAUUGUUUUCGAUGUGCACGAUUACUCGUUCGCCGUCUGUUACCAGAGAGAAUGUUUGAUUAUUGUCGUAUUUUGGGUGGAAUGGGUACUAUCUAUUCGCACUUGGAAGACUCAGAACGAGCAUUUAAAUUACUUACUCAAGCUUUAAGGCUUCAAAAGAGUUCAUUGCCGGAAAAUCAUACAGAAAUUCCAUUUCAUUUGAAUCGUCUGGGUCAUGCUUAUUUCAAAGUCAAACAAUAUGGCCUCGCACUUUCCACUCUCGAUAGUGCUGAGAAAUUCUUUCAGACAAAAAUGCCUGUUGAUCACCAAGGAUAUGCCCAGACUUUGCAUACAAUGGGUUUAGUAUAUCGUGCUCUUGGUAACGAAACAAAAGCAUUGAUAUCAUUUCAAGAGGCAUUACGUAUGCGAUAUUCAUCGCUUGGUAAAAAUCAUCCUUUGCUUGCUUCUACUUAUUAUCAACUUAGUCUCAUACAUAAUGAUCAUGCUGAAUAUGAAAUUGCACUUGAUUAUGUUCAAAAAUCUUUAAAUAUUCAAUCGAUUAAAUUGCCACACUAUCAUUCCGAACUAAAACUAUCAAAAGAACUUUUUCAACGCCUUCAGCAACAUCAAUAA